AUGGACCCAUCAACUUGCGAGCGAAUUGCGCAAUCGCUGCAAGUCUUGGCAACGGAUGGGAGCGACACAGUCGACCGGUCUCUUCUCCUCGAAGCCUUGGGUCGACUCGACCCUUGCUGGACGGAUGAAGACCUCCUGAAGAUCCUGCGGGCAGCCGGCAUCGCGGAGGAUGCGCCCAUCAGCUGCGAGGCAUUCACGAGGUGGCUUUUUGAUGAGAGCCGCCAGCCAGCCACCACGAGCUCGUCGGCUUUGAACCUGGCGAAGCAGCGCUUCCCACAGUUGGGGGCGAUCCCGGAAGUGACAAAGAUCACUGAUGAUAUGACUGUCGAGUUCCUGACAGAUGUCGAGGGAAACUGGGAAUACAUGGUCCACUUUGUUUCUUUGAGCCAUAUCCUGUUUUGGGAUGGCGAGGAGCAGGGGGCCUGGGGCCCGGGCCAGCUUUGCAUGCGAGAAGGCGGCUACCUGGUCUUCGGAGGCGAUGCAGUGGACAAGGGCCCAGGCGAUAUUCGGGUCGUGAAGACCCUCCUCUCCCUCAAGCAGCGCUACUGGUCAAGAGUUUUCAUCGUUUUGGGAAACCGAGACAUUUGCAAACUGCGCUUCUACGCUGAGCUGGCGUCCGGUGAGGACGGUGCGAGCUUCGAGGAGAAGGGUGGUGCCUACUGGAUUCCGAAGCCGGCGCCUUUCCCGGAUUACGAUGACUACCUGCGCGAGAAUAGCUUGCAGCGGGGUCAUGUUAGCACAGUUCGUUGGGUGCUGGACUGCAACAUGGGAUGUCAGACAACGACAUUCAAGACCCGAAGGCACGAGCUCGCCCUUCUCGGCAGAUCUGCCACCGAUGAGGCUGUGGUUCAAAGCUACCGAGAUGCGGUGGACCCCAGCGGAGCGGAUCCCUGGAUGCUGGACCUCCUGCACGUGGGGCAGCUCGCCGUGAUUGUCGGCGAUGCCUUGUUCAUCCAUGGAGGACUCUACGACGACGCACUAGGUGCUCCGGACUUCGUUGGUAUUCCCCAGGCCGUGCGCACAUUACCGUCCCAAGUGCAGAACAUGGCAUCCGGCGUGAUCUGGGCCAUGACAACCGAAAACCGUCGAGUUCGUGAGAAAUGGAUCAGCACAGACGGAGCCAACCGGACGAAUGUAGGGGCCAAACUGGAGGACAGCAUGCACUCCUGGGCCGCAGCGCUGAACGCAUGGAAGGACGUGGCCUUUGACCUCCGAAUCUUUGUAGGGGACUGUGAUGUUCCGGAAGCUGCGCGUUUUUUCGGGAACUUGGCGUCUCAGGUUCUUCCCCACGUGUGGGUGAUGGAUGAGGCGGUUCCCCAGUCGUUGCUGGAUCAUGUCGACAAGGCUUUUGCCUCGGAUAUCCGAAGCACCACCACGAAAGAGGAGUAUCAUGGAAGGCCCCUCACAUCGCGCAGCAUCGAGUUCGAGAUGGAUGAAACGGCAAGGCCUUUCUUCGAGAUGGUCGCGGACUGCUGGGGUUUAAGCUUGGAGGAGCCCUUCAAGAAGUUCAUGGUCUCGGAUAUUUGUGGUGCUGGACAGUCUGCCCACGUGGAUCACAUAAACCUUGAUGACCUGGAUGGCCCAAACUGGAAUUUCCUGGAUUUGAGUCUCCAAAGCUCCGAGCCCCGGAACCCCCGGAAGGUGGUGCCGACCGUGACCGUCGUGGUCUACUUCAACUCUGUGGGAGGAAUUUGCUUUCCCAAUGCCCCAGAGGAGGUGAGUACCAUUGCGGCCAAGCGUGGUCGGGUGGUGAUGUUCGAGAACUACCUAGAGGACAGCCAAAGGCCGUCCCACAAUCCCGCGGCCUCGCACUACGGCCUCUACUUCGAGGACCAGCCGAAGCGGAUUCUUGUCAUGGGCAUCCUCGCGAAUCAGACGCCUCAGUUCUCUCACGGGUCAGAGCCUCGCACCCUGACGAGGAGCUUGCUCUACUGUGCUGGCACAGAAGCUGACCCUCUCCGCCACGAGAAUCCUUCCUACGAUGGCUACUACUCCCCACAAGAGCUCCGGGAGAGGGCCCCGGACCGAAACGCAGAGAUCGCCCGCGGAUGGGCGGCCGCCAGGCCGGUGGAGAAGGACCCGAAGGAGCCCAAGGUGGAGGAAGCGGAGCUGCCCGACGAUGACCAGCAGUUGCUGCAGACGUUGCCCAAGGUUUUGCUCCACAGGAGGAGCGGCAGCGCCUGGAAAUUGAUGUGCGGCACCACGCGAUGCUUCUGUACUGUGGUGGCCGAGUUCAGCAUGCGAUUCUACGUGUCCGCCCUUCGCUUUUGCUUCGGCCGCGACGCUGAGGAGGAGGUUUGCACCUGCUUCUGGUCGGAGCAUCCAGAGGCGAUAAGCGCGACGUUCGUGAAGAGCUUGGCCAGAUUGACGGCCACUGCCAUCAAGCCUGGAACGACUUUGCAUGACCCGGACUACCUCGCCAAAUUGUGCGUGUGGCUUCUCAGUGAGGUGCCCCUGCCACCCCCGACCUGCUCACUACAUCUCUGUGCGCGUCACGGGGCCUCGGCCUUGGCGGUUGGCGCCAUGCCGCCGCCUCACGGCUGGGUCUUGAAGGUGGUGCUGCGCUCCUCCUCCGCUUUCACUCUCGCGGCCUGCGGCGAGGCGAUCACCUCCCUGCUGCUCUUCCCCUUCCGCUGGCAGCACUCGUACGUGCCGGUGUCGCCCGUGAAGAGGGAGCACCUGCAGCAGAAGCUCGCGCAUGACGAUGGUAGGCUGUUGCUGAGCAGAGCAGACUCGCAAUCCGACCUUUCCUCGUGUACUUUCUCAGUGUUCGACCUGGAUGUUGGGGAAGUGGAGAUGGAGUCGGCUGCUGGGUUGCCAGAGCUACCCAGCAGCAUACAGGCGAGGCUCCGGGCAGGGGUCAGUCGUUUGGUGGCGAACAGCGGCAUCGAGGACGUGGGGGCUGCAUCUCAGACUCGCCUCGGCGAGGGAGAUCCGACAUUCGACCGCGAGGUGCAGAAAGUUUUCUUCCAUUGCAUCGCGCCGCUCGUGACUGAUCUGCGACAGUUCUACACGCAGCCGGAGGACGGCGUGGUUGCCGGGUGCUUCGACGUGCAUGCCUAUGUCCACAGCCGAGAACCGGAGGCACAGGUCUUUGCACGGGCGCUGUCUCAGACCGUGGCAUUUCGGGAGCUUCUUCAGGAGACUAUGAGCUUGGCUACCGGGGAUUCUGUGCUGGAGAAGGCCUUAGUCCAGGAACAACUUCAGCCAUCGCUGCCUGUCGAAGGCAAUCCUGCCGCAGCGCUGGGAAGGGCGGCCACCGACCAUGCAACAGAUUCUUUCCAGUCUGUGCCGCGCUCCAGCUUUGCCAGUUGCCCUCCCGAUCUGCCAGAGGACGCGUCGAGUCUGACAGGUCAAGCAUCGCUUUAUCUUGGCCAAGGAGGGCGCGAUGGUGCUCCGCCGCUUGAGUUGCAGCUGUCUUUCGCGCCAGAAGGUCCUGAGGCGUCGAAUGGCGUGGCAGUCGCAAGCUCGAGGACGCAUGUGGCCACCUGGCAGAGGCCUGGCCUCGCCAGGGACAAGGGCGAAUCUCAAGGCCAGUCUGCAGCAGCACCUUGCUCGUCGUUUGUGGACACCUUCGUCGCGGCAGUCAAGUCGCAAGCGCAGUUGGUCAGCCAGUCGGGACAAGGCCGUAGCUGCUCCUGGGCCCCGAAACUGCUGUCAGCUUUCGCCACAUCGGAGGCUUCAGCGAGGUUGCCCAAGCAUCAGAGAGAGAUGCUUGAGCACUUUCUGGAGGGGUGCGCCGCUGGUGCAGGUGGUCGCUCCGUCUGCUGUACUUCGGCAGUGCGAUCCGCGUCUGCAGCCGGCCCUGUGAAGCAGCCUGUGUCCAUGUGCAAUGUUCUCCCUUCGUGCUUUGCACGUGGAAGGGAGAUGGAAACUGUGACGCAGCGUAUCGGAGAAGUGGAAUCGGACAGGGAGCUGUUGGCUGAGUUCGAGGAGGUGGAGGCGGUUGAGAUGCCCGUCCUCAACAUGCUCAAUCGCUGUUUGAAGACGCCUCGGCACCCGUGCCUGGUGGCCGUGGACCUGCUUCGGCGCGCAUUCAUGUGCUUGCAAGCUGUGCAGUCGGAAGACAUGCAAAGGGAGGCGGUACGACAUGCCGGCACAGAUGGGGGGGCGAAGCGGGUGCGCUUCUCUCGCACUGCACCGAGCAUCAGCGUCGCACCUUCAGAGGAGGGCUUCCAAGAGCAUCUGUCUCCUUUGAGAGGAGGGCGGAGACCACGUCGCAGCGCUACGUUGGCCUCCUUGUCGGUGAGCCCUUCCUUGUCCGUGUCGGUGAGCCCUUCGCGAAGCUUCGGCACUCGUUCUCCUCUUGCUAUUUCGCCCGAGAGGACCUCGGAGAGAUCACGGAAACAGGGCCGCAGCAGCGAUCCCAAUGUCUUGAGCUCUACAAGCCACCUAAGUCCCACUCGUCCGCGAGUCGAGGCAGGCGAGUCGGAGCUAUCCCCUUUGGUAGCGGAGCUGCGAAGACGUUUCGGUGAGCUCCAAGCAUGUCAUCCUGCAGAGUUGACGCACGAAGAGAAGUUGGCCUUUUGGCUGAAUGUGCUCAAUGCCUCGACUUUGGCAUGGCUGUGCGUGGUGGGCGCACGCAACCUCCACAGCAACCUCUUCCCGAUGCAUGCUAUCGAAGCCGUAUUUAUGAGUGCAGGAGUCGGAAGGCAAGUCAGAGCUCUGGUCUUGUUUCUUUUGCAAAGUGGGUGUGGAGCAGCUUUCUGCAGCGGAGCAUGGUCAAUGUUGGUGGACAAGAGUUUGCUGGGUGCGGGAGGCUUCCGGCCGAACAAGAUUCCGACCAAGGAGGAGGUGCUUGAUGCUGGUGCGAAAAUAUUCGGCACCACCUCCCCGGUAGAAGGUGUGGACGUCUUUAUCAGCCAUCGUUGGGGCUCGCCUCGGUGGAUGAAGUACCUGGCUUUGUGCCUCCACAUGAAUGUUUCUUUGGCUGUGAUGUGCUCAGCCUGCACGUGGGCCUUGGCUUCCGCCGCUGUGGCGACAAUCGAGUUUUCAAGCGCUGCCAAAGUGAGUGCGCUGACUCACCACCUUCUGUUUCUUGGGUGCCUUGUUUACCUCCCGAUGUUGGUGUUUUUUGUUGGCCUAUUCUUCGGGCACCAUGCCAUGGGCCGACUUUGCCCAGAAUCUCUGUGGGUGGACCGUGCUUGCAUCCAUCAAACGGACCACACCCUGAAGCAGCAGCAGAUCGAAGCAUUACCAAUCUUCGUUUCCCGGUCCGCUUCCAUGCUCGUGCUCUGGGACGAGGAGUAUUUUCAGCGUCUUUGGUGCCAGCUAGAGCUCGGGACCUUUGCGAAGUACGGUGGUGCGAAGAAGGUGCAGUUUCUGCCUCUUUGGCGAGCUCCAUGGUUCCUGUCGGCGCUGAUGCUGGGCCUGCUUGGAGCGACGGGCAUGUACAUCUUUUAUGUCACCGACAUGCAAUGGGCCCCUUCGGGCGGACUAACCCUUAACCGGACACUUGCCGACUGCAUGGCUUCAAGUUUGUGGAGCCUCAUUGCAGCACCACCCCUGAUCAUCGCCUUUCGCACGAAAUUGUGGUGCCAUGCUGUGAUGCUGGAGCAAAUGGCAGCCUUUGACUACCGGGCCGCGCAGUGCACGUUGCAGUCGGACCGUCUUUUGGUGGAGCAACAAAUCCAGGAAGUCUUUCGUCCCCACAGGCUGCAUGCGCAGGAUGCGGAUGAGAGCUCUAUGGGAUGGACGGAAUCUCCGGUCUGCGAUACUCAGGCAGCAACAUCCUUGCAGUCUUUCAACGAGUAUGUCAAGGGCCCUUUGCGAGAUGCCGUGCUUCAAAGCAUCGGAGAUGAGCUCUACGUGCCUUACAGGCUUUGCUUGAUAACUGGUAUGCCUAUAGCUUUCCUCUCCUCAUCGGAUUUUCUGUCGUGCAGUGAUGAAACCUGCCUCCGGAAGUAUGGUUACUCCGGACCGGGCGCGUUUUUGCUGUCAGAAGUGAUUGGAUGGACGGUGGUGGUGUUUUUGGUGCUUCCCAUCUUCUACCCCUGCUGUCUGCGAAUGCUGAAGUGCGCGCUUUCCAUACACUCUCGAUGCUUGCGGCUCAUCUUCGUGGUCUUAAGCGUCUUUUUGGCGUUUGUUUAUACGUACCUCCAGUUCGAUCUUGAUUUCGACCUCUUGCUACUAAUUGCGAAUGCAGAGCAAGGCUCGGAAAUGGCUGGCUGGAUUUCCUUGUUCUGCCUGCUCCUGGUCGCCCUGACGCUGCAACUGAAAUGGCUCUUCAAUGUGGAAGGGCCGCGGCUUUGGUGCUGCCCUUCGCGAGUUUGCGGGCACGUGGAGGAGCGGUCCUAUCGGCAGCUAUAUCCAGACAUCUUCGAAAAUGACGAAGCCGUCAUAAUUUAG